AUUAGGGGGUUGGACUGCCUGCUGGUAGGAAAACCUGCCGCCAGACACCCAGUUUGUCUCCGGCGGUGCAGCCUCGCUUUCCCGCAGCAUCAGCACCAUCAGCAGCAGCAACACAGCAGCGCAGCCUCCAGCCUCACCUCCUGCUCUGCUCAUCAUCUGCGCUCCCCUCCGCCUCCGUCCAGACACAAACACUGCCGCAGCACAGAGGGAACGGACGGACAAGGACGAUCCGCUGAGCAGUCUUCAGGGAAAUAAGGGAAUAUAUCUAAGGUCGGUGAAAGAUGGUGAAACUGGGGAGUAAUCUUCAAGACAAAGGGGCCAAACCUGUGAGCGUGGAGGACGGCUUUCAAAAUGUGCCCCUCAUCACUCCACUGGAUGUUGGCAGCCUCCAGAGCCAAGCACCUGACAAGGUGGUGGUGAAAACUCGCACAGAGUACCAGACAGAGAAGAAGAGGCUGAAGGUUCCCAAGGUGGAGGAGUUCACCAUCAGCUUUACUGACGGGGUGUCUGAGAGACUUAAGGUGACGAUCCUGAUCAUCCUGGCCCUGGCCUUCCUCGCCUGCAUUGUGUUCCUGGUGGUUUAUAAAGCCUUCACCUAUGACCAUGCCUGCCCAGAUGGAUUCAUUUAUAAGCACAAGCGGUGUAUCCCAGCCUCUCUGGAGGCGUACUACGCUGCCCAGGAUGCCAACUCGAGGGGCCGUUUCUACACAGUGAUCAGCCACUACAGCAUGGCCAAGCAGACCACCUCGCACUCUGUCUCCCCCUGGCUUCCUGGAGGGGUUGGGGGGCAGCAGCAGCAGCAGCAGCAGCAGCAGCAGCAUGACACUAAACCCCCCAGCAGUGAGGGCCACUGAGUUAGCUGAAGGGUUAAAGGAUGUUGUAAACACACACACAGACACAUGCAGACAUGA